AUGAACACCGUUCCGUCGCGUGGUACGCGUGGACCCUGGAAAAACUUGUACGGUAGACGCCUCCUCUCGUCUGGUGCCAUUCCACGCCCCGCGAUAUCACAAUUUCCACAACUCGAAGGAUGGCUGGACCAGCUCAACGCUGCUCCAAAGACGUUGACUCUUCCUGAUGCGUUCCAUCAAGAGCACCUAGCGGACCUAUAUGUGACACUUCCAACGCGGGAUGGAACCUAUGGUCCUGCCCACCCUUCACCCAAGGCUGGGGACCAGCUGGGAUAUGGCCACCAUCUAGUGUUCUUCCACCCCAAGAAUCCACUUUCCAAGCUGCGUGCAGACGGCACGGACGCUGAACUUUGUCCGCCAGAGCCAUUCGCUAGGAGAAUGUGGGCAGGAGGGCAAAUGCUAUGGCUGAAGCCGGAAUUACUGAGCGUGGGGCAGAAGGCGAAAGCGGCAUCCAUUCUUACCAGAGAGAACGUCAGCUUGAAGGGCAAGGAGCGGAACCCGAUGGUGUUUGUGCAACAGAGAAUAGAGGUGGCGACGAGUGGACUGCCUGCCCUGGUGGAGAACAGAACUCAUGUGUACCUUCCGACGUUUUCGAGAGAACGACAGGAGCGCAAACCCCGUACAGUAACUGGUCUUCCUAAGCCCCAGUUCAUGCUUGGACCAUGGAUCCCCUGCCCAACGACAUUGUUCAGGUUCUCAGCGUUGACUUUCAACGGUCACUAUAUACACCUUGACCGCGAGUAUGCACGGAACGUUGAAGGCUACGAUGAGCGAUUGGUGCAUGGGCCAUUGACGGCGCUGAUGCUCAUAGAAGCCUUCGUUCACCAUUACCCCAGGGCGAAUUUGCACUCGUUCGAGUAUCUUGCACGCAACCCGAUCGUGGUCAAUCAGUCGAUGUGGUUCCACGGUGCUGUUGACAAGGAUCGCAAGACGGCGAUUGUAUGGGCGGAGACGGGCCCAUAUGGGGUAGUUGGCAUGACGGGGGUCAUCCACUUCUCUGCAUGA